UACUGGUGGUACUCUUCGACUGCAUACGCCAUAAAAUGGGCUGUUCUUGCAGCCAUUCUGGUCGCUUUUCUCCUCUACUUCGUUGGAGGCUACCUUCAUGCCAGGCAGAGGAUGAAGAAGGGUCUUCCGCCUCUAACAUAUCAUAGAUGGCUUGUUCCCCGUCGUACACGCAUCGCCUUCGCCCAAGCGCACCCUGAGCAUGCCCACCAUUUCUCCUUCUAUCGAACACAACCUGCCCCGUACGGCUAUCAAAUGCCCACUUACGGUCCACCUCCGCCUGCGUAUCACGAGCCGGAGUAUGUACCUGCCUACACUGCUCAAGGUCCGAACAAGACGAACCCAGAUCAAAGCUACGCUCCCCCUACCGGUCCACCGCCGCCCAAUGCCUUCCCCCCGCCCGCUGGCCCUAGUGUGCCU